UGACUAAUUAGAAUCCAUAAUUAAAAUCAUUUAAUAUACACAUACUUUAAAGUAAAUCUAAGUUUGUUCUAUUGUUCUCUCUCAGUUAUGAUGAUAAUACUAUGAUGAUAAUACAACAGCAGCUAUUUCACUAUUCACAUGAUUAUUGUUUAUUAUUAAUUAACAAUCAUUGAUAUUAUUACCAUUUAUUUUAUUUUUCAUAAAAAUAAAAUACAACCACAGAACGCCUGUUAAUCUGCAGUUUAUCAAUUAUUAUUUUGAUCACAUCUACAGUACCACAGUUAGCGCCAGUUUUGUUUUAAAAAUGUUUUUGUUUUUUCAAGAGGAAAUGCUCCCUCAACAAGUUGGAAAUAAACGUUGUGGUGCUUGUCAAGCAGGAUGGUCUGCCUUCAGAUGUAGAUGCUUCAAGUUUUUCAGCUACUCUCAAAUGUGGAUAAAUGCAGAGAAAACCUGUCAGGACUUUAAUGGGCACCUUGCUUCUAUACACAGCCAUGAGGAGUAUGUAUUUAUACAGAACCUGAUUAGAUACACAACUAAUGGAGCAACAAGAGCCUGGAUUGGAGCGAAUGAUGCUGUUCAUGAGGGAGUUUGGCUGUGGAGUGAUGGUUCCAAAUUUAACUACCAAAUAUGGUCUCCUGGAGAACCCAAUGAUGACAAAAAUGAGGACUGCCUUGAGAUGAACUACACAAAUGGCAACUGGAAUGAUCUGAAAUGUUAUUAUAAGAUGCCUUUUGUGUGUGUGAACUGAAGCAGCAUGUGAAAAGUCAAAACAAACAAGCUACUUUGACUCAUUUUCUUUCUUUUAGAAAUGAUCAGUGAAGGUUAAUAAAGGUGUUUUCAGCAUGUCA